GAAAUCAAAACCAAAACCAAAACCAAAACCAAAAUCAAAAUCAAAACCUCCAACAAUGGCGACUCCAAGUCCAACAGCAGAAUCCCCAUCGGAUUUCUGCUUCGCAGUGGCCAGAAUCGCCGUUUCGCAGAUCUGCCAAUACGUGGGUUUCAAGUCCGCCCAGCUCUCCGCCCUCGAUACCCUAACCGUCGUCGCCACAAAGUACCUCCAAGCCAUCGCCAAGUCCUCCUCCGCCUUUGCCGCCGCCGCCAAUCGCUCCGACUCCAACCUCUUCGACCUCUCCAACGCCCUCCGCGAUCUCCGAACUACCCACGGCAUCUCCGGCUCCUCCUCCAACUUCCGCCGCUCCGAUUUUUGCCUCCUGAAAUCGAGUGAUCUCGCUGAAAUAGCCGAUUACGUCGAUUACGCCGUCGAGACCCCAUUCGCGAGGCCGAUUCCGCGGCGAUUGGGAUCAGUCAAAGUGGCCUGCGACAAUGUCGGAAGGUUUUCGGUUCUCAGAGCUGCGCACAUUCCGAAUUGGCUGCCGGAAGUCCCCGAGACGACGACGGGCGAGUGCGGCGUCGUAUCGAGGAGCGGCGAGGAGUUGUGGGAAAAUUGUUUGGAGAAGUGUGUGACUGGGGAGAAAGUGGAUAUGGCGGUGGAGAAUGGGAAUUUGGAGUUGGGAAAGGAGAGAGAGAAAGUGAGGUUUAAGAUUGGAGUGAAUUUGAAGAGUGGGGUUAGUAAAGGAGGUAAAAGGGUGUGCUGGGAUGGUCAUAGAAACAGAAAUGGGAAUAGCAACGAUUACUUUAACGCUGUAGGUAAUGAAGAUAAUGAUAAAGAUGAAAAAAGAUAAGUCUCUUAAGUUGAUUAAAAACAAAUGACAAUAGGCUGUA